UGUGUGUUUGGGAGUGCGACUUUUUAAACUGCUCUGGAACAGGGUCGGUUAAUGGGGCCGACGCUACACACAUCUGGAUUAUUCACCGAGACGCAGGGAAUAGAGUGUGUUUUAAAGGAAUAAGAUGGGAGUUUGUACACCAGAAGGAGAGCAGACGGGGUGUGUCUGUGUGUGAGGUUAUUUUGUGCUGUUUUGGUUCUUUUUUUUUUACCCCCUUGUGAAGUGACGGAGCACAGAAAGUUGGUGUAAGUUGAGCGGCGCCAUGCUGGGGAAUGGAGGAGGGUACGCGGUGAAGAGGAGGAAGAAACCCGUUCAGAAAAAUGUGAAGCCUCCACCUGUGAAAACCAAUCCGUCCAAACGCCACCGGGACCGGCUGAACACAGAGCUCGACCGCCUGACCAGCCUCCUGAACUUCCCCGAAGAGGUCAAGAGUUGCUUGGACAAACUGUCAGUGCUCCGGCUCAGUGUGGGAUACCUCAAGGUUAAGAGUUACUUCCAUGCAGCACUCCAGAAAAAUGCAUGUCUGGUUCCCAGCAACGGCAGCAACGUGUCCCUGGAUGGAGUCAGUUUGUCAGAGGGAGAGCUACUUCUCCAGGCGCUGAAUGGUUUUGUUUUGGUUGUGAUGAGUGAUGGCACCAUCUUCUACACGUCCCGGACCAUCGAGGACUAUCUGGGCUUCCGUCAGUCUGAUGUGGUCUAUCAGAGUGUGUAUGACCUCAUUCACAUGGACGACAGAGAGCUAUUUAAGUGUCAGCUCCACUUUGCUCUCAACCCCAACGGGACCAGUUCAGAAGUGCAGCCAAACUCUAAAACCAGCAGCAGCAGCUCUCAAAGCUUCAUGCCUCAGUACAUCCCUCCAGAAAACUCCUCUUUCCUGGAAAGAAAUUUCUGCUGUCGCGUUCGCUGCCUCCUUGAUAACACCUCCGGAUUCCUGGCUCUAAACUUUACUGGACGUCUGAAGUACCUGCAUAUGCAAGAAUAUGUAAAGGCUGAUGGGGGUGUGGCUCAUCCUCAGCUGGCCUUGUUCGCCAUCGCAAUGCCUGUACAACCUCCUUCAGUCAUGGAGAUCCGCACCAAGUCCCUGAUCUUCGAGACUAAACACAGAAUGGACUUUGCCCCUAUGGGCAUUGACGCCAGGGGGAAGGUCGUUUUGGGUUUUUCAGAGAUGGAGCUUGUCACAGUGGGCUCUGGCUAUCAGUUCCUCCAUGCUGCUGACAUGAUGUAUUGCGCUGACAACCACCUCAGGAUGAUCAAGACUGGAGACAGUGGCUUCACAUACUUCAGACUACUGACCAAAACGGGGCAUUGGCAGUGGGUUCAGGCUUCUGCCAGGGUAGUCUUUAAGGGGGAGAGACCAGACUUCAUCAUUGCUCGCCAAAAAGCCCUCACGAAUGAAGAAGGAGAGGAACACCUGCGCCAGAGAAGGCUGCAGCUCCCCUUUAACAUCGCCACAGGUGAAGCCGUCCUCUACGACAUCUCCCUGGAUGCAUCCAUCCCUGGUCCUCCUGGCUCUACAGCAGAAAAGCCCCUGGACCCCGCCUCUCUGCUGGGAUCCCUCCGCCAGCAGGACCACACUAUUUACACCCAGCCUCAGCCGCCCAGCCCCCAGCUCCCAGACUUUACCCAGAUAGAGUACUCCACUUCUGAACAACCUCAGCAGGCCUUCGAGCAAGCCUUCCUGGACAGCCACGCUCUGCUCAACGUGCCGGGUCAGCCCCAGACGUCCCAGAAGAGGACAAGUGUAGAAGAGCUCACAUCAGAAGCCAUGAUUGAGUCACUGGAACAGAUACUGGGAGACAUUGGAGACGGAUGGGCAGAGGAUCUUGAGAUUGAGGCAACAGAGCUGAAAGAGUGGGAGAACACACUGAUCAGGAUGAACAGGGAGAGAGGAGACGCAUCGAGGGAAUUAAAUCAGAUCCUGCCAAAUGAUGUGUUCUCAUAUGUAGAGGAGGCUCUGAGGAGGGAGACUGGAGGGUAUUUGCCAGGUUCAGAUCAGUCUGCAUCUCAUGCAGCUGAGACAGUUCAUAGCUUGUCCAAUCAAGCUCAGCAUGUCGGGUCUGUGCAGGGAAUGACAGACAUCAAGCCUAACCAGAAUGGAACAGAGCAGCAGACUGGACUGAAAGGUGUUUUUGCAGGCGUGUCUCAGAGCGGGGCGCUCACACAGUACGCCAACACCCACAAGGGACACUCAUCACUGCUUUGGCCUUCAAACAGCAGCACUCACCAUUGUGACAAUCAAAUGGUGUCUACAAAAUCCUGCCACGUUGCUCAUCCACAGCCUGAAGUAUCACAUCAGACUUGGCUUCCAUCUGCGCAAAACACCAACAGUUUUCACAGCAGCCACUGUUGUCGCUUAGAGGAGAUGAACCAAAGUCUAUAUUAUCCAGUAAACCACACUCAGGCUGGUUUAGUUAGAGGGCAAAGUUUGGAGCACACUUUUCCACAUCCACAGAGUCAGGGCACAUCUCAACAACAAUGUGAACUAACAGCGUGGAAACAGCUGCAGCAGCUGCCUCAAAGUUUUCACCGCCACACGCUGACACAUUCCUCGCACACAUCGGCCAGUGUGAAGCCAGCAGCUCCGUCAUUCCAGCGCAGCUCACAAAUGCAGCGAAUAUCAGGCAGCUGCAAGUAUGGAAACAGAGAAGGUCACAUACCGAACUCUGCUACUGUUUCUACCACACAGAACAGGCCUCUCCUGGGACCGCCGUGCUCUGCGGGAUCCACUGAGACCACUACAAACACUCCCUUCAUUAUUCCCCAUUCAGGCAUGGCUGCUGCAGUUGAAGGUAUCUGGCUCGCAGCUCCACAUGAGGGGACGAUGCAGGUGGCUCCCUGUGCAAACAUCAGUGUGGGUGAUCUGGGAGGAGACGGCUCGGGUCUGAACUCAGCUGGAUCACAAUAUCCCACUAAUCAUUAUUCUCUUGACUCAUCUGUAGGAACAUUGAAUCAAAGAUCCAUGAUGAACGAUGUCGUCAACCCAUUUACAUUCUCUGCAUUUCCAAACCUUUCCCAGAACACUGGUCAAUAGCUGCUCAGUGAUCGAUGACUGCUGCAUGCACUCAUGUUGUAUUCUUUUAUCUUUUACACACACAACUAAAGACUUGCAAGUAAAAUAAGCAUUGUUCAGAAAUAUGCCGCUGAUGUUUGCAGAUGUCAUCCUCUCAAAUUACCUAUGCAGUCAUUUGCUUUAAACACAUUAUGUUAUACACAUUGCAGUUAGCCAGCUAUGUUGAAGUAUUCAGUCAGAUAAAUGGAAGAUGUGGGCAGCCGGGUAUAUUUCAUGCAGACUUAUAUGUGAAGAAGAGACGAAACCCAAAUUUUAGCCUUUCUGUAUCACAGAGUUUGAGGAAUUACAAAAUGUUAAACUGCUCCCAAAGAGGAGUCAAUCAAUUGUUCAUAUUGAAUAUAUAUCACAGUGUGAAUCUGUAAAAACACUGUUGUUUGCAGUUUGUGUCAGUGUGGUUGUUUGUAUUGUUUUUUUGUUACACAUCACAGUAAAAAAAAAAAAAAAGACUUUGUACAGUUUGACAAAGCGAAGAAAAUAAUCGGCUCAUUCGUUUAGUUUGUUUAGAGAAAAUGCAGCCUUUUCUCUGUGACCAAGGAGAGGCGAUGAUGAUGAUUAUUAUAAUUAUUAUUAUUAUUAUUGGCCUUGUUUAAGUCUCCAAAUACUUUGGAUGUGUUCAGCUGUGAAAUUAAUAGAAAUGAAUAUUUUCUCAACACCUUUUUGUUGGAAAGACAUCUGACUGAACUAUAUUUAAAUGCAGUUUUGUAUCUUGUAAGUAUGUAUGACGUAAACACAUACAAUACAGUAUUAAAGUACUGUAACAUGUAUUUAAAUUGAGCAUCUACUUCUAUUCUAACCACUGCUCAUGCAUUUCUAACACACUAAAAACAGUUUUGUUUUUUACAUAAUUGGUCAAAAUAUUCUGUACCUCUUGUACAAAGUCAUCCCUGGGACUGAGGAUCAUGGGAUUGUAGGUGUCUUGUCACAGGUGUUUUUGGACACGUGUUAGACAGCUUUAUGUACCAGUCACUGUUCAGACUUUGUCAACACAGAAGCAACAUGGUAGCUCCUCUGACCAUGAUAUUUUGACUUCACAUUUUACAGCAUCUAUCAUAUAACUAUCUUUAUAUUUAUUCUUUUUAUUCAAACAGACAAGACAGUAAAUAACGUGGAAACAACUGCUGCAGUUGCCAUAAAUAAAUAAAACUAAACCAAAAAUAAGGCAAAAAGAACUUCUGUGCUUUAAAAAGUACUUUAAAAAGGCGUAUUGGGUCUAUAGUUAAUAAUGUACACUCUCUCUUUACCCAUUGUUUUUUACUAUUACUUAGGAAAGAUGUAUCUUUAUUGCUCACUGUGAAGAUUUGAAUGAGGGUGAGUCAGAAGUGUAUAAGUAUACUACAUAUCAUGAUUUUAAAUAAUGUAACCAUCUCAUCUGCUUGUGUUCUGUUUGUUAUUUUAAAUCAUACCACAUACAUGCAGCAAAAUAUGUACAUUUUUGGAUAUUUGCUUGUAGGAGGUUGCCAUAUUAUUCUGUUUCUGUAAUUAUGUGUAAUGUUACACUCUGUAGCUGAAUCCUUUGUGUAUCCGAUAUAACCAUUAGGGACAAGUCUAAUUUAUUUUGCCAUUAAAGAGAUGUAACCUCUUGCUUA